CUCCAAGGGAAUCGUCGGGUGCUCCUGCUGUGUCGGGGCUCUUCAUUUGCCUCGUUUGUCCUCUUUUUUUUUUGGGUGGCAAUUCCUGGAGUUGCCGAGAAACACGAGGCGUUUGCAGGAGGCCGAAGGCUGCGCUGGGGACGGACGCUCUGAAGAUUACAGAAGGUUGUGGAUCCAGCACAGUUGUCUCAGCAGGAGYGUCUAAAUAAGUUCCUUGGGAAAACUGGGACAGGCAUCCAAAGGCAAACAUGCGGCCCAUGCGCAUCUUCGUGAACGACGACCGCCACGUGAUGGCCAAGCACUCGGCCGUCUACCCGACCCAGGAGGAGCUCGAGGCUGUUCAGAACAUGGUCUCCCACACGGAGCGGGCGCUCAAAGCCGUGUCCGACUGGAUCGACGAGCAGGAAAAAGUCGGCGGGGAGCAGCCGGAACAAGAGACCAUGGAGUCGGCCGCGGAAGAGGAGAACAAAGACGGAGGGGAUCAGAAGGCUACGGAGCAGCUGACGAGGACCCUCCGCGGCGUGAUGCGCGUAGGGCUGGUAGCCAAAGGCCUCUUGCUGAAGGGCGACCUGGACCUUGAGCUAGUUCUGCUGUGCAAAGACAAGCCCACGGCGGAUCUCCUGGAGAAAGUGGCUGACAAUCUCGGAGUACAGCUUGCUGCUAUUACAGAAGACAAAUAYGAAAUAAUCCAGUCAGUUGGUGAUGCUGCAAUUAUAAUUAAAAACACAAAAGAGCCUUCGUUGACACUGACCAUCCAUUUGACGUCGCCUGUUGUGAGAGAGGAAAUGGAGAAACAGUUAGCUGGAGAAACGCUAUCAGUCACCGACUCCCCGGACGUUCUGGACAGGCAGAAAUGCCUUGCUGCCUUGGCGUCACUCCGACACGCCAAGUGGUUCCAGGCCAGGGCUAACGGGCUGAAGUCGUGUGUCAUAGUGAUCCGGGUUCUGAGAGACCUGUGUACUCGGGUCCCCACCUGGGCRCCGCUGCGAGGCUGGCCUCUAGAGCUGCUGUGUGAAAAAUCUAUCGGCACCGCAAAUAGACCGAUGGGAGCCGGCGAGGCCCUGAGGAGGGUCCUCGAGUGCCUCGCCUCGGGAAUCGUGAUGCCAGAUGGUUCUGGUAUUUAUGAUCCUUGUGAAAAAGAAGCCACUGAUGCUAUUGGGCAUCUAGACAGACAACAAAGGGAAGAUAUCACACAGAGUGCUCAGCAUGCUCUGAGACUUGCUGCUUUUGGCCAACUUCACAAGGUCUUGGGGAUGGAUCCCCUCCCUUCCAAAAUGCCCAAGAAACCAAAGAACGAGAACCCUGUUGACUACACUGUCCAGAUUCCUCCCAGUACCACAUACGCUGUUACCCCAAUGAAGCGUCCUAUGGAGGAGGAUGGAGAAGAGAAAUCGCCCAGCAAAAAGAAAAAGAAGAUUCAGAAAAAAGGUAUUGAGUUAACGAGAGAGGAAAAACUUGAACCUCCCCAGGCCAUGAACGCACUGAUGAAACUAAACCAGCUCAAACCUGGGCUGCAGUACAAACUCGUGUCUCAGACUGGCCCUGUUCAUGCUCCUAUUUUUACGAUGUCUGUGGAAAUCGAUGGGAGCACAUUUGAGGCAUCAGGACCUUCCAAAAAGACGGCCAAAUUGCACGUGGCGGUGAAGGUGUUGCAAGAUAUGGGUUUGCCCACGGGAGUGGAAGGCAAGGAGUCUGGAAAGGGCGAUGAAUCGGCCGAGGAGACGGAACAGAAACCAGUUGUUGUCGCUCCUCCUCCCGUAGUGGAAACUGUCUCCACACCUAGUGCUGCUUCUCCUCCCUCAGAUCAAACCUCAGAGAAUGUGAAGCAACAGGGACCAAUUCUGACGAAGCACGGCAAGAAUCCCGUCAUGGAGCUCAACGAGAAGAGGCGCGGGCUGAAGUACGAGCUCAUCUCCGAAACGGGCGGCAGCCACGACAAGCGCUUUGUCAUGGAGGUGGAGGUUGACGGGCAGAAGUUUCAAGGAGCCGGUUCAAAUAAAAAGGUGGCGAAAGCCUACGCUGCCCUGGCCGCCUUAGAGAAGCUGUUUCCCGACGCCCCUGUUGCCAUUGAGCAAAACAAGAAGAAACGAGCCCCCGUGCCUGCCAGGGGAGGACCCAAGUUUGCAGUAAAGCAGCACAACCCGGGUUUCGGCAUGGGAGGCCCCAUGCACAACGAGGUGCCCCCGCCGCCCAACAUGCGAGGCCGCGGGCGAGGCGGCAACAUGCGAGGCCGCGGCCGGGGCCGGGGCGGCUUCGGCGGCAAUCACGGCGGCUACAUGAAUGCAGGUGCUGGAUACGGAAACUAUGGGUACGGAGGAAACUCGGCGACGGCCGGCUAUAGCCAGUUCUACAGCAACGGCGGCCACUCCAACUCGGGCGGCGGCGGCGGCUCCUCGGGCUACGGCUCCUACUACCAGGGCGGCGACAACUACAACUCGCCCAACUACAACUCGCCGGUGCCGCCGAAGCACAAGAAGCAGCAGCACGGCGGGCAGCAGAAGCCCUCGUACGGCUCGGGCUACCAGUCGCACCAAGGGCAGCAGCAGCAGUCCUACAACCAGAACCARUACGGCAACUACGGCCCGCCGCAGGGCAAGCAGAAGGGCUACAACCACGGCCAGGGCAACUACUCCUCCUACUCCAACUCGUACAACUCGCCCGGCGGCGGCUCCGACUACAACUACGAGAGCAAAUUCAGUUACGGCAGCAACAGCGGCCGCGGCGGCAACAACUACUCGGGAGGCUCCUCGUACAACGCGGGCUCGCACGGCGGCUACGGGGGCGGCUCCGGGGGCGGAGGGUCCUCGUACCAAGGUGGCUACUCCUCGCAGUCCAACUACAACUCGCCCGGCUCCGGCCAGAACUACAGCGGCCCCCCCAGCUCCUACCAGGCGUCGCAGGGCGGCUACGGCAGGAACGACCACAGCAUGAACUACCAGUACAGAUAAAGGCGCCCCGGCCCCGCGGGCGCCGGGUUUUGUUACCUCCCGCACUUGGGCACCCUCCAGUUAUUCAGUUUUUUCGCCUCCCGGUGAACACGUAACCCGCCCCGCGCCCCGUUUCCAUGUUGCAGUGCUCUUUGUGAUACCGGUCACUAAUGGUUGAGUACCUGUAAUUCCAUACUUAGCUGUAUUUUGGGCAUCUCUGUAUUUAAUGGUUUGUUAGUUGCCAUUACAAGUUUGUCUAAAUAGACUUUUUU